GCGAUACCCUUUUCUUUCUUUCAGAGAACCCAGCCGGUUGUCUAAAGAAGGAGGGGUCUAUUUGGAAGUUUACUCAAACCAUUCUCACCUCCUCCCUCUCCUCUUCAGUGCUGGGCAGAGGGUGCUGCGUCCCUUUCUGUGCCUCUGGAGGUGGGGAAAAGCUCUAGAUUUACGACUUUUGGCAGGGACAAAAGCCAGCUCCCCUCCUCCCCCCCAACUGUGCUUCAUUUACAAUUCCAAUGAGCUAUGCAAGGACGGGGCGAAGAUGGGAGGUGAGCAUGCCAUUAAAGUUUGCUCCAGUCCUGCCUCCCAACUGGAUAUGAUUGGGACUUGCUCUGUCAUCUUCGUAGUUGUUGCUUUAAUCCCUGGCAAUUGUCUUCAGUAGGGAGCUUUCCCCUUCCCUCCAGAGCAUCAAGACGAUGGACCUUGUUUGGCUGCGGGUCUAAACAGACUGAGUCCGGGGGGGGGGGCAGGAAUGCCCAUCCUCCCACGCUCAGGAAGUGGCUGUGGUGCACCUAACAGGUCCGGGUUGUGCAGGAGACGGGGCUAAGAGUGUUACUUCUAUUUUCAAAACAACACAGCUGGGUUGUACUGGUCUCCUCUUGAAGUUGAGAAGCAAUAUUUAGAGUGUUGACAGUGUGGAUUGUUGUCUAUAACUGCCUAUCCUGGUCAGUUUACUCUUUUAAGGAGUUUUACUCUGUUCUUGUGCUGUAUUCAGUUACUUACGUGCAACAAAACCAUAAGAGUCCCCAACAGCAGGCUUAUAACACCUGAAAAAGGUGAGGGGAGAAGAAGGGGAAAGCAUCAAACUAGGGGUCUAAAGGUUAAGGGGGGGAUAGUAUUUGUCACUCACAGAAUGGCUCCUGAACUGGAACAGAUAAUCAGUUUUGCCCCUUCCAUCACUCUUUUUGCAUCUUGCUCUGGCUAUUGUCAAUAAGUCAGUAGGUAGACACGUACAGUAUUCCAGGUAUUUGGGGUUGGGAAUGUGUCUCCUGCCUUCUGAGCCACAAGCCAUUCCAGAAUUUAGUAAUGCCCUUGACCCAUAAGUCAGGAUCAGGAGCAAGGCUGUGUUGUGAUAACAGGAUGGCAGCCCAAACAGGGCCAGCUCACAGAAUGUCCCUCAAGUUUGUAAAGUAUCUUUUCUUAGGAAAACUGUCCCAUCAUUCUUGAAUAUACCUGUGGUAGGGUAGCAACCCCAGGGGAGGCAGGAAAGGGCCAAAGCGUUUUGCAGCAGCUGAGGAAGAGGGGGCAAGGCAUUGGGAAAAAUCCUGCUCUCCAGGAGAUCUUCCCAAAUCUGCCUUUCACAGCUCUGGACCCUGGGCUGAAGUGGGUGUGUGUGUGUGUGUGUGGCUUGAGCAAGGGGUCAAUCUUAUGAUCUUCAUUCCCCUUCAUUCUUCCCUAAAUACAAAAGGGCACCUGGAGUGGGAGGUAAUCUUCAUGGACAGAGAUCAAUGGCCUGGCCUUUGUGGGCUCCUGUCCGUGGCAUCUGCUGGAGAAGAAGCAGUUCUGGUGGUGCCACGUUUGACUUCACAAGGCACCUGAUGGCUACCUUGGAAAACUGAAUCCUGGGUUUGAGGAGCCUUGGGGUUGGAUUCAGCCAUUUUUCUUGCCUCUUAUUGGUCUCCUAGAUCUUCCCCUUAUUAGACCGGUCUCUACAAAAGCUUCAGGAGCUUAGGGGAAACAGGAGGGAUCUCAUUCUUUUUCCAUUUUGGCCCUAGUUCUACUGCAGGUCUUGAACAGAUGUUGCAUUUAUGUUGCUUUUGUGGCUUCCUGGCAGCCCAAAGGGGAGGACAUUUCUCUUUUCCUUUAUGACUAUUGGCAUUCUGGACCAAUUGGCCAAGUCUUUACCCUUGGCCCCAACAGUGGUGUUUGCUUCUGCAAUUGCAGGAUAGGGGUUUCAGGAGAACUCAGUGUUUUAAAGACCUUCCUGACCCACUUCAUGAGAAGAUGGAAUGGGGUUCAAAUCAAUUGCUAAUUCCCAGCUCCUUAUCUGAAAAAAAGAAAGAAAGAAAAGAAAAGAAAAGCAACGUGUAAGUAUCCUGACACAGGAUCUCAAGAUUUAUAUCCCAUCUCGCCUCUCUGGGCCUCUCUGGUGUGAUGCAGCAGUUGUGGAACUUAAUUCCUGGUUUGGGAUGCCCACACGCUUCUUCUGAAGAAGAAAGAGGCAACUGGAUUCCAGUUUUGUCCAGUUUUGUUCAACUGUAGUUUAUUAGAAAUCACAAUUAGCUGGAUUUGCAUAACCUGCAAGCCAAAACCAAGCAAACCAAAUUGCAGUUUAAACCCAGCCCGGGAGCUGCUGCUGUGUUUUCGCUGUUUCGUGGCUCCAGUGAAGUGCGGUCUGUUCAGGUAGAUCUGUACUCUAGUACUCGUGUUUUAGCUGUGGAGACAAGCUGGUGCUGGUCCUCUGCACACACCCGCACGCAGCGCUCAGGUCAGUUUGUUAGUAGCUUGCCACUGCCUGGAUAGCGGAAACAGACUUCGAUGCCUGUUGAUUCCAUUUGUUCUUUGUUUACAGAAGGAGAAGAAAUUGAUGUGGUGACUGUUGAGAAGAGGCAGGCUUUGGGGACAAGGAAGCCGGUCACCAUCACAGUGCGGGCUAACCCCCUGGAUCCCUGCAUGAAGCAUUUCCACAUCGCCAUCCAUCAGCAACAGCACAACUACGCUGCCCGCUCCCCACCUGAUGCUCACACCUUUCAGGGGCCUCUGGAGAAAGGCAGCCGGGAGCCGGGGGCUGACGCCAGGGAAGGUGACCCACAGUCACCCGGGCAAGGGGUAGAGAGUUUCCCUCCUGUAUCUUCCCUCCCCAAGGCUGGGAGCACUCCUGGCUCGGACAGCGAGGAUGUGACCAAGCGGAAAAACCACAACUACUUGGAGCGCAAGCGGCGGAAUGACCUCCGUUCGCGUUUCCUGGCACUGAGGGACCAGGUACCCGGUCUUGCAUCUUGCUCCAAGACCCCCAAAGUGGUGGUCCUGAGUAAAGCCGCCGAGUAUCUGCAAUUGCUUCUCAGCGCCGAGCAGCAAAUGGUGGCUGAGAAGAAGCUGCUGAAACUGCAUCAGCUUCAGCUACUGAAACAGAUUUCACAUCUGCAGGGCACCCAGUAGCUGCGCAGGCUUCCCGGGUUUUCGGUUGCAUCAGCACUUUUUGGUUGGUUUUGGGUUGCGGACUCCUAAUGGACUAUUGUUCCCAGCAUGCACUGCCACUGCACUCCGCAUGGGGCUUGUUCUUAUUCUGCUACUCCCACCCCCGAUUCAUCUGAUUUCUGUUCCUCCUUCCAGGAGACGGAGCGGGGCUUCAGCUACCCAAACACGGCUCUUGCCGCGCAAUGUUGGAUUGUGCUCAAAGCCCGCUCUUUAAGAGGGUGGAUCUUUCUGCAAAUGUCGCUUUUUCAUAGUGUGACUAUAGUCAAGUUCUCUUUCUCAUUCCCUCCCUCCUGGACCAAGGCUUUUCCCUUUCAGGACUUGGUUAGAAUUGGCUUUUUAUGUUCCUCCACAAACGGUGAGAAGGUUUGGGGAAGUCCUUUGCACAGCAGGAGUUGAAGGGUGCUGAGAUCUGCCUGGAGCCACAGCAAGGAGGACCUCUCCAGCGGAACCUCUGGCUUCAGGGAGACCUAAUUCCAAGGAGCGCAACCCACCGGGGGGAUUCACAGGGGCACUCAAGGGUCUGGUGCAAAAGGCAUUUCCUGCCAUGGGUGCUGUCUGCCUUUCAGAGUUCUUCUGGUCAAAUGGGGGGGGGGCGGCUAAAAAAAGUCACCCCACCUCACUCCUUCACUAGAAAGGCACUGCGGUCACCUUGAGUUUGAUUUACCUCAUUCUUUUUCCAUUUAGAUGACAAACCAGGGCUUAUCUUGGAGUUUGUAUAUCCUGGAACAUAAUGUAGUGACUGCCUCAUUCUUUGUACUGGACUGCUUUUUAAAGAUAUAUACUGUAUUUUUGUAUUUUUUUAGAGUUUUUUUUUUUUUUUUUUGGUAAAAUGCUGGCUCUUUCUCCUCCCCCCUUUGUUUCUAUUCCUAAAAAUACCCCCUCAAGCCAGGGUGGAGGGGAAUGAGUCAACCUGGCUCCCCUGGGAAACAGCUGCUUUCCAAAAGCCGGGAUGACUGGAAAUUCUUCUCGCAGGGAGGGAGGGAGGGAGGAGGCUGGUCCCAACUUGUAAGCUCCAGCAGCAGAUGCCCUAAGGGCCUUUCUGGUGGGAAGCAGAGCAGACCCUGUACCUCCAAGCAGACUCGGAGGUGGGGCUCUUAUCCCGGGCAAAGCAGAAAAGGGCCGCUCUUGUACCUGUCCCAAAUGGCUCUUAACCCACCUUUGUGACAAACCAGACUGGCUGCUGUUUGGGGGCUGCAGCAGAGCAAGUGAGGUGCAGGCCCUGGCUUGCAGGAGCACGAAAGACUAUCUGCGUAGGGCCAGGUGAGCGAGGAGGUCACCAAGCUUAACGAAAGGGCAGGGCGCAUGGGGGUGAGGGGAUGCGGUGUGCGUGCAUUUUCCCUGGGCCUUUAGCUUCAUGUGCACUACAAACCUCACCUGGGAGAGGCUGAUGGGCCUGAUGCUUCCAGAAACGGUCCUUCUACGCAAGGACGCUGCACUCAUCCUUUUCUUUUUCACCUGAAGAGCCACCCCGGCCGGGAUCCUUGCUGGCAGGAUAUGCAGAAAGACAGUCGUGUUUACCCACUGCCAAGGACUCCCAUUUACUGUGGGCUUUACUCCCGGGAAACCACACGUGGGAUUGCAGCCUUUGCUCCCGAGAGAGGGGCUGAGCAGUGUCUCCCUUUGCCUGGCCGGCCACAGAGCUUUCCCGCCCUCUCCUCUCAGCUGGGCAGCCUCCUCACUUUAUGCAAAUCCCCACCCAUCCUCCUCUGUUUUCGGAGGGGGGUGAUGGGCCCCCUGCUUUGUUCCUGCUCAGCUGGCGCGCGAAGCAGCCAGGGCAUUCCUCAGCCGGCCCUCAAGCUUCGAGGCUGGGUGGUCGGACUUAGCACUUUGUUACCUCACACUUCUGAAAUAAAUCAAUGGCAAAAG